AUGUUUGUACCAAAAACAGCAGUUACGUCUACGGGCCCCCUGCGCAACCCUCGACGGCGUCAGCGCACAGGUUCUGAUGAUUCCGUCAAGCCACCGAGUGCUAAAAGACAGCGCUCUGCUUUACGGAAUGGAGAUUCCGGGGCAUCAUCAGAAAACCAACUGGGCCAGCAUAGUUCUGACGAGUCUUCAGAAUAUCCAAUUCACUCAACUUCGGACGAACGCGCAGCAUUCGCUGUCGAUUCUUCCUCCAGUCCGAAAGCGAUACCAAUCAGGAGCAUACAGAAGAUUGAGAAAGAAGUUAAUAAACUUGACGCUACUAUUGUACUGUCAAAAACAGAUUUCUAUACAGUUUCACAACUUCCUACACUACCUGAUCAGCUCCGCAAUUCGCAACCCGGACCUUUGACAUGUUUUGCUGGAAUCAGUCUGGGGUAUGGAUUGGCUAUGACAAACUCCCAUGCAACAAUUUGGCCCUAUGCAAUUGCCGCCUCGUCGCCUUCACCCGCCGAUGUUUUCUCGGUUUCAAUACCUGACGCACACAAGGAUUCUGCAGAAACAGUUCCUCUAGGAGUACUUUUAUCUGCCGCGACGAACGGUAUUCCUGGUCUGAUGGUCAUCGUGCCUCACAGUGGAAAAAUUGUUUACUGGGAAACCGUUGCCAGUGCAGCGUCUUUGGGGUUGCAGAGACAGAAACAAACAGGGAUCCAGGCUCAGAUAAACAAUCUGUCUUAUGGCGAGUAUGCUACGAAUUUGAUUAGCUGCGAGCCUUCUGGGGUCUUGGCUACAUUUUCUACCGGGCGUGUCGCACACAUAACCGUGCGAGACCCCCAGGGCAGGCCCAUGGUGAGCGUCAACUUCCUCCGGAACACGUCAAACAGCCGCGCCAGUAGCUUUUUGGGGGGGAUCAAAAAUGCGCUUGGAAGCGGCUUUUGGAAGAAAGAUCUAGCGGCUAUUCGGGCAAGUCAAUCUCAUCAGCGAGGUCAACGCGAUGUCAUAAUUGCCACCUCAUCCGGUGUCAUCGAGAUCUGGGAUACACAUUGGAAUAAUGGGAGCAUCCUCAGAAAACAGUUCGACAUAAAGAACCACCUGAACCAGUUUUUCAGGGUGCAUGAUAUGGCAAUUAGCGAGGAUUCCAAUAUUCGGAUCUUAGACUUUGCACUCCGGCCCGUGAAGAACGACACAAAUUGUUCGCCAGUCGAGAUCCCAGGGGCCUGCCAAAUCCUCUUGGUUCUAGCACUCCCUGAGUCGAAACACAACAGUGUUUCUCUGGUACAGGUUGAUUUAUCAGAAGAAGUCCGCAUUGAUUUCGUCACCUCCAUCGAUCUAUACAGCGUUUCUACCGGUUUGGAUAAUAUCAAGCCUAAGCUGCUAGUCCCCCACCCUGGAGAUACCGCAUUCAUCAUGAUAGGACACUCAGUCAUACUUGCAUCAUUGAAACACAUGAAGAGCCCAGUUGCUGGGUCCCACUUAUCCAUCAAUGCCGAUGAAAAACCGCGAGUUUCAUAUGAUUCGCUCACUUUUCGCUCAGGCAAAGGCUACGAGAUCUUGGGUUGUUGCGCCGAACACCAAAGUACCGAGAGCUCACCCCCUGCCUGUCUCGUAAUGGUCCGGGAUUUUGGCCUUAUUCGGAUCUCUGCCUUCCCGCGUCCGAUGACAGAGAGCACUGCCGAAAGUGCUGGUGUCUCCGCCAAGGAAAAAAUCGAGCAAGCCAUAUUCUACGGGACAAUGCUAGGCAAUCCUUUGAGUCUGAAUAGAAAGAGCGACCUGGCCUUCCCCCCCAUUGAAAUAGAGCAGGCUACACUGGAAAUCUGCUCGGAGAUACUGCACUCCACUUCGAGAUUUGUACCCACAACGGCAAUAUCUAUGGAUCAGAACUUGAGGUCUCGAGCGAAGGCGCUUACUGAUCUGGCGUCGCUUCUAAUGGAGCUAAAUUUGACAGUUGACCGGCGAACUUGGUGGGAGCUACUGUGGGGCGCAGAGAAACUCGCGGCCCAAAGGGCUCUGUGGAGAUGGGAAGAAAAUGCUAGGAAAAGUAAAACUUCCGGUCCAACAUUCCUCAGUCACGUCAUCGGCAUCAUGAGCGAUAAAUUCAAAACGUGCAUUGAUAAGUCAGGCGAUGAUAUCGAUCCAGUGCGCAGCUGGUUACUAUACGAUACCUCUCGAAUGGAACACAUUGUUCCAUGGAUAUACAACGCUAUCAAGCCCCAAAAAGGACAAUCUACCAGACAAGGACGCAUGAUGGCUGAGAAAAUAUAUGAGGCUAGCGAGCUCUCCUUGGCCGUGUUAGAGACCGCUUUUCAAUACCGAGAUGAGCACGCCAAUCAGUACGGCAUUGGAGACGGUUAUCUAGAAGAUGGAGUUUUGAUUACCGGCUACAAGGAUCUCCCAGAGUUCUGGACCUCAAAGAUCAUUAGCUGCGUUGAAACUGGUCACCUGUUAGAUUUGGAACUUGACAGCUGCAGGCUCUGGAUCCAAAAACCAAGUUCGACUGUUGAAGCCCCCGAAUACCAAACAAUCAGACGAAUCGCGAGAAAUUGUGCAAGGAAACUUCAGGUUCUCGGCCAAAUGUACAGUGAACGGGUCCGGUGGCUUAACGCUCAAGAAGACCCCAAGUUGCUUGAAGAGAGCAUCACUACGGAGCAAGCACUUGUCAAGCAACGAAAAUGGCAAUUGUUCAAGUUGGCGGGUAUUGGACAACUGGAAGAUGCUAUCGCUAUGGCGGAGAAAUUUCGAGACAUGGGGGCUUUGGUAGAACUCAUAAUCGAGUUACAAGAUCAGACCAAAAGCCGGAAUGUCCAACAAACUUUACCAGGAAACACCUUCGCCGUUGCUGCUCCGGGUAGCGAGUCGGAAGACCUUAGCAGGAAGAUCAGCUUAUAUUUUGAGAAGUUUGGGGAAUCAUGGGCAGAUGCCUUCUUUUCACGACAAAUAUCAAUGGGUCAGCCUGGAGUAUUGUUCGCGAUGACCAAAUUUCAAACUUUUGUGACUAGGUUCUUACAUAAAUAUCCAGCUUAUUCGCGGUUAGGCUGGAUUAAUGAUGUGCUUGGCGAACAUAAUUUUGACGUCGCUGCUCGGUCAUUGGAGAACCUGGCUAUUGAGCAGGAGUCAGACAUCUGGAGCCAUCGAGCCCAACUAUCUUUCUCCAAGCUUGCCAAGUUGGCAUCAUGGGAGGAGGACAAUUGCACAGACAACCCAGCUCUUCAUCACGAUAUCCGGCGUCUCGAAGACCUUGCCGAAAUCGAUGCAGUCCAGGAAGUCAUCCAUGCCUACAUUGCCCCAGUAUUGCAAGGCGCGAUAGACCACAAGGCUGAAAUCGAUCUGGCCAUGGGUCAUUUCGGCAAAUCAACUGCUGAGGACAGACCAUCGCUCCAUGAGAUUCUACGGGAGGCUUUGACUCGAAUAGUCAGCAGGCAGGUCGUCGGUGUCGAGCGAUUGGUCGACUUUUUGACGUUGAUGGAUUCCACUGGCGAUACCGAACUCGAUCAAAGCGAAUUUGCAGGAAAGGAAUUCUAUCUGGCUUUGCGUGCUAUUCGACUCAGUCCCUACGGCCAACGCGACCCCCUCUAUAAUGCGGCGUUGCAAAAGCUGGUAUGGCGAAGAUGCAUGCUGAAAGACAAUUGGUCAGUUACAGGUCAGGCCGUGCAGGAAGUGGAUCGUGAAUUUGAGUCUUUUCUCUAUAAUUCAACGCUUUUCCGUACCCUCGACUUAUGCCUAAAAGAUAGACAAAACGAAGACAACAACGUUUCGCUCUUUGUGCCCACUUCUCCUCGUGAUGUGUCACUAACGGAGUCGCAUUUGGACCACCUCGUUUCCCGGUUUCCCCUUGAGCAGCGCAGUAGAAUUGGCCGUGAUCUGGAAAGGGAGAACGAGAACUUGACUCAGAGCAUUGAGAGCGGGAAGCUUGAGUUUUGGUUCAAUCAUCUUGUUGCAUUUGCUGAAAACGCUGGACCAACGAUGAACACAACAAGUAUCGAAAAUGGGUCCAAUAAUCACCAAGGGCAGAUUGAACAAUCCUCACCACGGUCACCGGAAUCGGUGGGCGAAAAGUCGCGUAUAAGUUGGCUUUAA